AACUGGGAUUUCUAUGAAAGGUGUUAAAAUCUCUGGACGACCGAUUUAUCUUGAUAUGCAAGCUACAUCCCCUGCUGAUACUCGGGUGCUCGAUGCUAGGCUUCCUUAUUAUCUCUCUCGAUAUGGUAAUCCACCACUCUCAGACGCAUCUCUAUGGUUGGGAAUCGGACCAUGCCGUCGAGACGGCUUGCUCCCAUGUUGCUGCUCUUAUUGGUGCCUCGCCUAAGGAGAUUGUGUUGACCUCUGGAGCUACCGAGUCCAAUAACAUAUCCAUCAAGGGGGUCAUGAAUUUCUACAGAGAGAAGAAAAGGCACUUGAUUACCAUUCAGACGGAGCACAAGUGCGUUCUUGAUUCCUGCAGACAUUUGCAGCAGGUGGGUUUUGAGAUUACCUACUUACCGGUUGGGUCCGAUGGAAUUGUUGAUUUGGAUAAGCUCCGUUCUGCGAUUAGACCCGACACUGGCCUUGUUUGUACUUUGUGCUUGAUAUGCAGAUAUAGAACAACCCCCUCCUCCUCCUCCUCCAGCAGGAUUGUGAUUAGAAUAAACUCUGAAUCUUACAAAUGCAUUCUUAAGAAGGUUGCAGAGCUUCACUCCCAUGGCUUUCUUAGGUGCACGGGACGUAUGCUAGCCGUGCUGCAGUAUUGUUGGUUGUCAUGAAUCCACACGUGUUAGGAUAUACAUCUAUUUCUACGAAUAUGUGUUCUAGAAUGAACAUCCCAAGUCCAUGUCGUCUGAUUUCCAAAAUGAAGUGGAACUUUGUUGGACUUAUUCCUUCUGGGUUUGCUAUUGCCUGAAAGUUUGGUCAUGAAAGGUGCAACCUUUUCUUGUUGGUCUGACUUUCUCAUCAAGGAAAAGGUUCUUUGCCCUGUGGAACUUGAAACAGUGAAGCGUUCUAUGUUCAAGGGGCUAGCCACUCUGCAGGAAGCCCCCCCCCCCCCCCCCCCCCCCNCCCCCCACACAAAAAAAAAAAAGGAAGUGAUCCUGGCUUCUAGGCGUGCUGUAGCGAAUAUGAACAUGGGUGUGGUAAAUUGAAAUUUCAGAUUUCCAUGCGGAUAAGAGCAAGAAGUGAUUGAAUGGCCAUGUCUAUGAAGUUCAAACUACUUGCCCAGUUGAGACUGUGUAGGAGGCCCAGGAGGCGCAGUUUAGUAUCCUCUAUUCUGUUUUGGACUUUCACUGUUUGGUUGUACACAAAUGAGGACAAUAAAAUUAGUGAAUGUUUUAGUGUUCC